AUGGCUACUAUCGGAAGUUCGGAAAAGACUUCUGUACAAGUUGGUAAACCAAUAGUAAAUGAAGCUUCAUCCAUAAAGCAAUCUCGAUUUCAACGCCCUGUGGUCGCUACUUCUCCACAAUCUCCAAAUCAGGUGGUGGUAGUACAAGGAGAAAAGAAACAAUGUUUUAAUUUUGAUUAUGUUUUUGGUCCCGAAACUGGCCAAUCUGAAGUCUAUGGAAAAGCUGUCGAGAAGUUAGUCCAUCAGUUUUUAGAGGCUUAUGGUCAGACGUCAUCCGGUAAAACCCAUACAAUGGGUACCGCAAACAACCAUGACAUUCCUUCGGAAUCUAAAGGAAUAAUUCCACGUGCCAUCUCAACUCUAUUCAAAACAAUGAAUUCUUCGCAGUUGAAAUCUCGAAACUUUUCAAUUAAAGUUAGUUUCAUUGAAAUUUAUAACGAAGAUUUAAUAGAUUUGUUUGCGGAUAAUGUUGGUGAUGAUAAUAAACCUCAAGUUACCAUAAGAGAAGAUUCUAAAGGAAAUAUAAUUUGGAAUGGUUUGCAAGAGAUUAAAGUUAAUGGCGUUGAAGACGUUAUGAGCCUUCCAAAUUCUCCGAUAUCACCUACCAGCAGACCAUCAACACCUUCAAAAAUAAGGCCAGGAAGUAGUUUGAGGUUGAGUAGAAAAUUAGAUGAUAAUGAAUGUGUUUCGAUUUCAAGUAAAUUUCAUUUUGUGGAUUUGGCUGGGGAACGUGCAAAGGAAGGCAUCUCUAUAAAUUCAGGUCUUUUAGCUCUAGGCAAUGUAAUAUCCGCUCUUGGUGAUCCUACUAAAGCUAAACACAUAACUCAUAUUCCAUAUCGUGAUUCAAAGCUUACUCGUUUACUACAAGACUCUUUAGGUGGUAACGCACGAACUUUAAUGAUUGCUUGCGUAUCACCUACUGAAUCAAAUCUUACUGAAUCUUUAAAUACCCUUAAAUAUGCUAAUCGUGCAAGAAAUAUUAAAAAUACUGCUACCGUUAAUUCUGAAGAAGUUGGUUGGAAUGAUUUAGAUCAUUUAAGAGCGUUGGUUUUGAAAUUACGAAAAGAGAUUAAAGCUUUGAAAAGUACAAGUUUACCAAAUGGUUUAAUUGAUGGUGGAAAUGAUUCUUAUAAUUCUGGAAGAAAUACUCCUACUAUGAUGUCUGGAAGAAAUACUCCUACUAUGAUGUCUGGAAGAAAUACUCCUACUAUGAUGUCUGGAAGGAAUACUCCUACUAUGAUGUCUGGAAGGAAUACUCCUAGUACACCUACAUCAGCUUAUGGAGGAGGUUCGAAAAGAUCUUCAACAAGUCUUUCUAUAGUAACAAAUGCUGAUGAAUUUUCAAAAUCACAAAAUGAUAAAGAUAUUGAAAUUCUUGAAGAACAAUUAAUUGAAUUACAAAGAUCUUAUGCCGAAUUAUCUCAAAAAUAUGCAAAAACUUCUGCUGAACUUGCUAUUCAUCAAGAAAAUAUGGAUUCUUCAUCUUUACGUGGUUCUUCUUCUGAUACUGUCACUCCAACAAAUUCUAAAUUGGCUUCUCAAAGUGGUUUAGAGUCCAUAACUGAAGAAGCGGAGGAAGAAUUAAAAUUGGCAAACUUCCAAAAAGUUGUAGAACCUGUAAUUGAAGAAUAUGAAAAAUCAAUUUCAAAUUUGGAAUCUCAAUUAGCACUUGCAAGAGCUGCUCUAAGUCAUACAGAAACUGUUAUGCAAGAACAAGAAUCAAAACUUGCGCAUGCUGAACGAAUUAAUGAUCAAAAUAUUACUCUUAUUAAUGAGUUAAGAUUAAAAAUUGCUAAUUUGACUGAACACGAAAGUACUAAUGAAGGAUACAUUAGUGAUUUGGAAUCAAGACUAAAAGUAAGUGAGGAACAAGUUGAAAAAUUCAGUAAAACUAUUGAAAGACUUGAAAAAAGAUUGGAAGAACGUGAAGCAGCAUACAUGGAAUUAGAAGAGAAGACGAAAAUUUCUCUAGAAGAAAAUCAAAAAUUAUUGGCCUAUGAAAUUCAAGAUAGAGACCGAAGAAUUAUGAAACUUGAGAAGAAAGCUGAUGAUUUAGUACGCGAGUUAGAACUAUUAAGAAGGCUUAAAUCUCAUGAAAAUGAGUUUCCUGAUUGUGGUCGAUCACUUUCUCCUACUUCUUUAGAAGAUUAUAUUAAAAAACCAGAACAACUCAUUGUGGCAACAUUAGAAUCAAAAUUAUUAAAUUUACAAGAAACUCAUUCAAACACAGUUUCAGAAUUUUCAGAAAUUAAAUCGAAAUAUGAGGAAUGUUUGUAUGAAAUUCAUGAACUUCAACAGCAGUUAACGGAAGCAAAACUUCGUCAAUCCGAAAUCUUUGAUUCUGAUUCUAAAUCUUCCACUCCUUCAACUCCGACAUCACCUACGACACCAAUAAAAUCCCAUUUUCAUAAUUUAAAACGUAAAAAUAAUUCUGAUCGAAUGUCCUUACCACCAAUUUUAAAGUCAAACGAACCUAAUGAUAAAGGUACUACAUCUCCAAAACGCGCUAACCAUCGCAGGGCUAGAUCUUUAACUGUAGAAAUUAAAGAUAAAGAGAAACGCGAUCAGGCUCAUGCUGAAAUAGUACAAAAAUUACAACGCGAAUUAAAACAGCUUGAAUUACUUCAUCGAGACAAAUCACAAGGACUAGAUGCUGUUAGACAGGAAUUUGCAAGAUUACAAUGUACUCAUCGCGAAACUUUGGAGAUAGUUGAAGAAUUAAAAGAUGAGAUUAAUAGGCGUGAUGCUUUAGUACAAUCUGAUAAUAUUUCCGUUAUUGCUAGUGAAUAUACUGAUGGUGCUUAUAGUGGAGCAACUAGUGAAUUAGAUGAGCAUGAGAUUAGAGAAGAGGUCGAGAACAAUGUUAAAAACCUUGAAGAUCAACUUAAUGAAGCAAAAGAUUCGACUUCAAAUAUUGAUCCAACACAGAAAACUAUUGAUAUGCUUGAAGCAAAUCUUUUAGCUUUACAACAAGAAUUAUCUAGUAAGUCUGACUUAAUUGAAAAUUUGACAAGUGAAACAGAAUUGGUUGCAGAGUUACGAUCACGACUUGAAGCACUAAAAUUAGACAUCAACAGUAAACAUGAGCUCAUUGAAGCAAUGAGGAAAGAUUUAUCAGAUAAAAAUACUAUACAACAAAAACUUUUGGAUAAGGAAUCCGAAGCUACUGCUUUAAGACUUCAACUUUCUGAAAUCAUGAGACGAGAAGAAGAAAUACAAAAUCAAAUAAAAGAACUUCAAGAAACUGCUCAAGUCAAAGAACAAGCACUCAUAGAAUUAAAUCUUUUAAAAAAAGAGUUUGGUGCAAAAAAGGAAAUUAUAACUACUCUCGAAGGAGAACUUCAAGAAACCACUCAAGCUAAAGAACAAGCAUUCACUGAAUUAAAUCUUUUAAAAAAAGAUUUUGGUGCACAAAAGGAACUUGUAAUCACUAUAGAAGGAGAAUUAAAGCAAGUGAGAGAGGAGUUAACUAAAUCUAAACAAGACAAUCAAGAAGCUAGCAAGAAACUUGAAGAUUUAUCUAAAUUAUUAAGUGAUACUUUGAAACAACGAGAUGAAGGAGAGAAUAGAAUUCAGGUUUUGGAAAUUCAACUUCAAGAAUUGUCUGCAUCAAACGAAACUAAUGACCACGAGGCUUCAAUUCUUCGAGAAGAAUUAUUCAAUGCAAAACAUAAAAUGAGCGCACAGAAUCAACUUUUAGCAGAAUUAGGAACUCAAAUGAUGGCGGCAGAACAAGAACGUGACCAAUAUUUUAAACGUGAAAAGGAAUUAAUCAUGGAGCUUGAAGCCAAAGAAAAUGAACAAAAAGUGGCUAUUGCUACACUUGAAUCAAUUAUUUCCUCAUUGCGCGAAGAGCUUGUUGAAGCAAAAACUUCAUCCCAGAUGGAUUUAGACACGAUCGUUAAACUUAGAGAUAAUCUUGCUACUGUAGAAUUACAGUUAGACGAGGCAAAAAAACAAGAAGAGAGUCGUUCAAAAGUUGUAAUUGGACUUGAAGUUAAGUUGAAAGAAACUAAUGCUGCUAUAUUAGAAAAGGAACAAUUACUUUCCACCAAAGAUGCUCUUCUCAAAGAAUUAGAAGCUUCAACAGAAAAAGCCAAAAUUCAACUUGAUAAUGCAAGAAUUUCAGAAGCCAUCGAAUGUGAACGUGUUAAUGAGCUUGAAGUUAAACUUUGUGGUAUUCAAACAAAACUUCGUGAAUGUGUAUCAUCUGAUCUUGUUAUGGAAUUAGAAGUUACAGUAGUAAAUCCUGAUGAUUUAUCAACCAAAGCAGAAUAUGUCGAAUUGAAAGCUUCCUUAGUUAAAGUUAAGGCUGAACUUGAAGAAGCUAGAGCAGCAGCAGCAGAACAAACUAAUCUUAUUAAGACUUUGGAACUUCAAAUUCAAGAGGCUGAAAAACGUCAUGACGAAGCAAGUUCUAAAGUUAAAGAUGCUGCAGAAGAAAUUAACAAGCUCAAAGAACAAUGUAUAAACUUACAAGCUGAACUUGACGAUGCAUACAAAGAUGCUUUAAUCCAUGGUUUCCAAAAAGUUGAUAUUGCCAUAGUCGAAGAUCUUAAUAAACAACUGAGGAAGGCACGUAAUGAAUCUAAAGCAUAUCAGGAACGUGUUGAUAAAUUAGAAGAGAUGAAUAAGAAACUUGAAUCUGAUAAGAAAGGACAAGAAAAAGCCAACGAAGAACUUCUAAAACAGGUCGAAAGACUUCAAAAAGAACUAGAAACUUUAGCUGGAGAUUUUGCUGAUUCUACAACUAAAUACGGGGAUACCGGUGAACUUUUGCAAAAACAAAAGAAACAAAUUGAUGGACUAGAUAAUUCUCUCAUAGAAAUGAAAAAUUUGCGAGAGGUUUAUUCUUCACCAACAAGCGAUGCUUCAUUAAGCGAUACAAUUACAAGUCCUGCACUCGCAAAAUUAUCUUCCACAAAUGAAAUUUUACGACAAACAAAUGAGAAUCUUAAUGUUAAAAUUCUUCAGGCUCAAUCUCGUAUGUCUGUUUUAACGCAAAAAAUAAAAUCAUUGGAAAGUGAACUCAAAACACUUCAAUAUGUUAGUAAAGAUGAUGUUUCUGGAAAUUCAAUUUUGAGAUUUAAAGAAAAAAUACAAGAACUUGAAGCUGAAAAGGAAGGAUUAGAACAAGCUAACUUAGCAUUCUGUGAAGAACGAAAAAAACUUGACCAAAAAAUUGAUUCUUUACUACAACAAUUACAAUCGGUAGGUCAGGGUGGAAAUGAGGCAGCUACACAACUUUCAGAAUUAAAUGGAAAGAUUGUUGAAUUAGAAAGUGAAGUUUCUUGUUUGAAACAAAAAUCUGUAGAGGAGCAUAAGGAAAUGGAAAAAGAAGUCACACGAUUGACUGAAGUUAACCAGAGGCUUGAAAAAGAAAUGACUCAAGUUGGACUGAAAUCACUCAAAGGACCUUUAGGAAAUAUUUCACCACAUAUUGGUGCACGUUCUCAAAGUUUAGAUAAUUCUAUACAUUCUAAACUCUUAAGACAAGAAAGUACUAUUAUUCAACAAAGUAAUUUAAUAAAAGCAUUACAAGAAAAAAUAAUUGAAUUAGAAUCACGUAGUGAUGAAGAGUCAUUACAUGAAGUAUCACUUGCUAGUGGAAUGUUUGCUACAGAUCUUGAUGCGGUUGGUUCAAGAUCGUCAACUCCUGGGUGUGCAUCACCGACACCACGAAUCCCUAUUCCAUCUUCUCGACCAAACUCAAGAAACGGUUUAAAUAUAGACCUUUCUAAUACACCAGCAGUAGAACUUACAGUGGAGAUACAUAAAUUACAUAGGAAGGUUGCAAAAAUGGAAGGAGAAAGCCUUGAACAUCGACAACUUGUUGAAACGUUGGAAAAUUCAUUAUCAGAAAGUGAGACGAAUCUUCGUGUUGCAAAACAACAAUUACAAAUAUUACAACGGGAAAAAAUGGAUUUAGUGGAUCAGAUUAAACGAUUGAGAUCACAAUUAGAUGAGACUACAGCACAAUAUGAAAAUGCGAAAUCAUCUGUGCAAGAAGAAAAGAAGGUUAUAGAAACUGUUUUGGAAGAAGAAAGAAAGGCUAAAGAGAGCGCGGAGAAGGCAAGAAGACAACUAGAAAAUCGUAUGGAAGAGCUUAUGGCAAAGAGAAGCAAGUUCAUGUGCUUCUAA